AUGGCAGGUAGUUAUAAGAUAUGGGUACUUCAUGGGGAAGAAGAUAAUCCUACACAAAACCAAUCAGCAUCUAGCCAUGACUAUGUCUUUAAUGAUGGUACAACCCAUUCUGGAAAUAAUACAGGUGUACUUGAUAUGUUACAUGAUGUUGAUAAUGCUGGGCCUUUUGAUAGUAAAGCAGAUACAGGUAGGCACGGAGAAACUAAUGAUGAUUCGGGUGAAGCUGAUAGUACAAAUAAUUUUGGUGAAGCUAGUACAAAGUUUGAGGAGCUAUUAGGCAAAGCUAAGCAAGAACUAUACCCUGGUUGUACAGAUUACUCGUCAUUAACUUUCCUUGUAGAGUUAAUGCAUCUCAAAGUGCUCAACUGUUGGAGCAACAAAAGUUUUGAGAUGCAUCUUGAGUUGCUUAAGAAAUCUUUUCCAAAAGAUAAUACAAUUCCGAGUUCAUACUAUGAAGCUAAAAAGAUAUUGCGUGAUCUUGGAUUGGGAUAUGAAUCGAUUGAUGCAUGUAAAAAUGACUGUGCUUUAUAUUGGAAGGAACAUAAGGAUAGGGAUGAUUGUCCAGUAUGCCACGAGCCUAGGUACAAAUUCAAUGACGGAAAGGGUAAGAAGAUCCCACACAAGGUACUGCGCUAUUUUCCUUUAAAACCAAGACUGCAGAGAUUAUUUGCUUCAAGGCACACAGCUGAUGAUAUGAGAUGGCACAAAGAACAUGUUGCUCCUGAAGGGGUUUUAAGGCAUCCUGCUGAUGCUGAAGCAUGGAAGCAUUUUGAUUUGCGAUAUCCACAAUUUGCAGAAGAUCCUCGCAAUGUAAGGUUAGGUCUUGCUACUGAUGGGUUUAAUCCCUUUGGAAAUAUGAAUAAUGCGUACAGCAUGUGGCCAGUUAUAGUGAUGCCCUACAAUUUACCCCCUUGGAAGUGUAUGAAACAACCUUUUUUCAUGAUGGCGUUACUUAUUCCUGGCAAGAAAGCACCUGGUAACGAUAUCGAUGUGUAUCUACGACCCUUAAUAGAUGAGCUAAAAGAGUUGUGGGAAAAAGGAGUGGAAACAUAUGAUGCCUCCACAGAAAAAACUUUUCGUAUGCACGCAGCUGUAUUGUGGACCAUAAAUGACUUCCCAGCAUAUGGUAAUUUAUCAGGAUGGAGUACAAAAGGUUACUUAGCAUGUCCAGUAUGUAAUGAUGACCCACCGUCUCGUGCAUUGAGGAGUAAGAUAGGUUAUCUGCGUCAUCGUAGGUUCUUGCCUCCCCAACAUCCAUGGCGGAGAAACAAACUUCAUGAUGGACAUGAUGAGCUUCACAGUCUACCGAAAGAGUUGACAGGCAUUCAACUUUUACAGCAAAUUGAAAAACUGGGAGUUAAAAGUUGUUUCGGAAAGCAUCCAGAUAAGAGAAGCAAGAAAAGAAGUCGUACCAAGAAAGAGCUGAGUUGGACAAAAAAGAGUAUUUUCUAUGAGAUUCCAUACUGGUCACAUCUUAAAAUCAGGCAUAAAAUUGAUGUUAUGCAUGUUGAGAAAAAUAUAUGCGAUAAUAUCGUGGGAACCUUGUUAAAUCAGGAAUUGAAGACCAAAGAUACGUUUAAAGCUCGCUUGGAUCUGGAAGACAUGAAUAUUAGACCAGAAUUGCACCUAAAGCGUAAAGGAGAAAAAUUUAUAAAGCCUCCAGCUUCCUAUGCUUUAACAACGGAGCAAAGGAAAGAGUUUUGUAGGUUUCUGAAAUCAGUGAAGUUCCCAGAUGGAUACGCAGCUAACAUAGCGAGGAGUGCUAAUGUGGAUGAUGGGAAGAUAUCAGGUUUGAAAAGCCAUGACUGUCACGUGUUGUUACAAAAAAUUCUCCCGGUUGGAAUUCGUUCGUUUCUGCCCACGGAUGUAUGCACUGCCUUAAUUGAGUUGAGUAGUUUCUUUCAUGAUUUAUGUGCGAAGAAACUGAAUGUGAGUCACUUGGAAGAAAUGGAAAAAGGUAUAGUUUUGAUUCUUUGUAAGUUGGAAAGAAUAUUUCCACCGGCAUUUUUUGAUGUCAUGGUUCAUUUGGCUAUUCACUUACCCCGAGAAGCUAAACUUGUUGGUCCAGUUGGUUAUAGUUGGAUGUAUCCUUUCGAAAGGUACGUUGGAACACUUAAGCGUUACGUGAAGAAUAAAGCACGACCAGAGGGUUCAAUAGCGGAAGCAUACAUUAUUAAUGAAGCUUUGACAUUUUGCUCAUUGUAUUUACGUGGGAUUGAAACUAAAUUUAAUCGCCCAGAACGAAAUGAUGAUAAUUCAGAUGAUAGUCAACGACGCAAGGGAAAGCUGUCUGUUUUCGCUCAGGAUGUCCGUCCCUUCGGUACAAAAGCUAUAAAAUCACUGACUCUAGAAGAACGAGAACAUAUACAUUGUGAACAUUUGAAUGUGCUGAAAGCAGAAUCAAAUGACAACUUGUUACAGAGGCAUCAAAAACUAUUUCCUGUGUGGUUUCGAAAUCGGAUCGGAAAAUUGUAUCAUGAAAAUUUUUCAGGGGUUAGUGAUGAAUUGCAUUCGUUAGCACAGGGUGUUGAAUCUCGCGCAAAAUCAUUUUCUGCUUGUAUCUAUAAUGGAGUUCGAUUCCAUACCAAACAACGCGAACUUCGUCGAACGACCCAGAAUAGCGGAUUGGUAGUAGAUGGGGAACACAAUAGUAAGCCAAUUGAAUUCUUCGGUAGCUUGCAAGAUGUUAUUGAGUUAGACUUUUUGUAUGGAUACCGAGUUGUGUUAUUUAAAUGUGAUUGGUUUGACGUAACUCCUGGAAAUACAAGAAUUCGAAAGGAUUAUAGUUUGACAUGUAUAAAUACUAAUAGAAUAUGGUACAAGAGUGAUCCUUUCGUUCUUGCAUCACAAUCGCAACAAGUGUUCUACCUAGAUGACUAUAAGCAUGGAGCAAAUUGA